GAUGUAAACUUGUCAAAUCGAAAGUUGACGUCAGAGUCGUGUGACAUCCUUGCUAAUUUACAGGUGUUGAAUUGUUCAGGAAAAACCCGUAAAACGUAGGGAUUAGCGUUGUUUGGCCUAUUUUUAAAAGGUGUAUUUCCGUAAAAACAGAAGAGAAUGGAGACUAAACUAAAUCCCUCUAAUGACCCACCAGCUUAUCAAACUUUUCCCCAGCCCGGACAACAGGCUCCAGCUGGAUCCUACCCCGCAGAAGCCCCACCUAAGUAUGAACCUGGGCCUACAGCAUAUCAACAGAACCCAGCUGGUUCAUACCAACAGGGGACUACAGUGAUAACUUCACAGCCAGUUGUGUAUCUUCAGGACCAAUCUUUUAACACCUUCAGUAAGCCAAUGGUGUGUCCAUAUUGUAACAGCCAGAUUUCCACUUCAGUGGAAUAUGAGGCAGGUGCUCUUACCUGGCUUUCAGCAGGCAUACUCUGUAUCUUUGGAUGCUGGCUUGGAUGCUGUUUGAUCCCGUUCUGUAUGCCGGAUCUACAGGAUGCCAAACACACUUGUCCUAACUGCAGCAAAGUUGUUGGUGUUUACCGGAGGAUCUGAAUACUAUGGUGGAAUGGGUACAGUCCUUGUUCAAUUUUUUUUUCAGAAUUUCAAUUAUGGUGAAGUGUUUUUGAUACAUUGUUAAGAGUAUAAACAGUAAUUUUGGAGAGAAGAAUUUAAUUUGUUGAGUUUUGCUUAAUUUUCUAAAGAUCAUCAUGGAUUUUGUCAGAUUUUGUUAACCAUGGCUGACAGGCUCUAAUUUUAUACUUUGGCAAGCAUUAGGAGUAAACUGAAAUCAUUGAUGGAGGAGUUUUGGUUUACUGUAAAAAAAAAAAAGAAUUAUUUCAUCAUAUUAAAUUUCUUUUUUUAUGUGCCUUUAAUGAAAAAAAAAAACAAACAACAAAAAUGUUUUAGUAAAUUUAAGAAAAGGGAGAAAACAAUUACUGAUAUGUAGAUGUAAUUACUGGAGGUUGUACUGUACUUGUAAUGAUAUUUUUUAAAAAAAAAUUGUAAAUACAGUUGAGCAUUGUUAAUCCAUACAUUUGUGUUUCUGUGCAAUUGCCUAGUUAAUGAUUAAGAAGAAUCCAGAAUACUGAAACUCACUUGUUAAUUAUAAAUUGUUCCUUGCAAAUUUCACCCUGAAGCUGAAGAGUUCAGAUUAUUAACAUCCAGAUUAACUAGGCUACACUGUAUUUCUGAUAUUAAAACUACACAUACCAGUAUAUAUUGCAACUUAAUUACAAAUUCUAGACAUUUAGUGGUAACCAGACACAAGCUGAUUUACAGGUAAUUUUAAGGUCCAUGUAUAAAUAGGAAAUGUUGCAUUUUAAAAAAAAUUGUUGCAGUUUAUUGUGAGUGUAUUCGUUUACCUGUAUUUAUUAAUGUCUUUGACAAGUCUUCUUUUUCAACACUUUUAGUAAUUUGUGCCUCAUUGUUGUUAUACUGAUGUAAAACAGUUGUUAUCUGUUUCCUUUGUUUUAAUAUUUUACAGAGUAUAUUCUUAUGUUAUUUGUUGUAUGAAUCACUUACAUCUAUAAAUGCUUUUCAUCUUUCAAACAAUUGCACAAUACAGUGUAAAUUUAUAUCCAAGAGCGUAGAUAUUCCAUCACUGUUGAAAUUGUUAUUUGAUACUGUUGAACUUUGGUAUCUCGAACAUGGAUGUCUCAAAUACUGGGAGUAUUUUGAAGUGAAUUGGAAGUUCCUACCAAUAUUUAUUAAAGUACAUGUAUUUUACCCUCAAUAUCCUGAGGCAUUGGGUAUCAAUUCAUGAAUUUUUUUAAGUCCCUUCAAGUUCAAGAUAACAAAGUUUGACUGACCAAAGGCUCGAGUGCUUUUUCUGCUCUAAUUCUGUUAUAAUCAAAAAAUGCAUAAUAAAAAAUUCCUUUCUUGAUAUAUUUUUUUCCAGCUUUAAAACAAUAAAAUAAUAUAAUAAUUA